AUGCAUGUCAAGAUGCGAUUUUUGGUGGCACUAGUAUGCUUGGCGACAUUCGCCCUCUCAGCAAAUGCGUCGGCAAUUCACAGAGAUCUCGUCCGCGCCGGAUUCCUCAAUGACAAAGCCCGUAGUUGCGAGUGCGGCUGCGAGGUCCUUGAUGAUGAAUGCAAGAAACCCGACUGCGGUGAAGGAACUUACUUCCAACACCCCGAAGAUUGCGGCAGCUUUUGCCAAUGUUCCAAUGGCAAGGCAUACUACUUCGCCUGUCCCGACGGGCUCAUGUUCAACACUGAACUGAACGUCUGCGACUGGCCUGAAAACGAUGCGAAACUACCACUCCUCCGUGCACCACCACCACCACUCCUUGCACUACCACCACUACUCCAUGCCCCACCACCACCACCACCUGCCCAACCACCACCACCACCUGCCCAACGACAACCACCACCUGCCCAACGACAACCACUACAUGCCCAACCACCACAACCACCUGCCCAACCACCACUACCACCUGCCCAACGACAACCACUACAUGCCCAACCACCACAACCACCUGCCCAACCACCACCACCACUCCUUGCACUACCACCACUACUCCGUGCACCACCACCACUACUCCGUGCACCACCACCACCACUCCGUGCACCACCACAACCACUCCUUGCACUACUACCACUACUCCGUGCACCACCACCACCACUCCGUGCACCACCACCACCACUCCUUGCACUACCACCACUACUCCGUGCACCACCACCACCACUCCUUGCACUACCACCACUACUCCGUGCACCACCACCACCACUCCUUGCACUACUACCACUACUCCGUGCACCACCACCACCACUCCCUGCCCAACCACCACUACCACUUGCACUCCUACCACUUGCUCUACUACGCCAUCUUGUGAUCCCACGACUGAGCCGCCAUGUGGCUCUGACAUCUGUGCCAAUCAACCCGACGGAGCUUUCCUUGAAAACCCGGAAGACUGUGGAGGCUACAUUCAUUGCUCCCACGGGGAGGCGAAUUACAUGGUAUGACUGCGGACCAGGGACUCUUUGGGACCAGGACCUUCUCACCUGCAAUCACGCCGAUCAAGUAGAUUGCGGCGAUCGCCCUCAACGCAGCGAGUCGAAGUUGGAUGAUGUCGAAGAGAGGUUGUGAAACACGAAAUGAUGAAAACGGAGUUAUGUCCAACUGAGAACAGAAUUAAAUAAUAGUUUUCGAACCCCUUCUGUCUUUUACUUGCAAUUCGAAAUCCAGG